AUGACCGCGAGCGACAAGCGUGAGACCAAGGAGCUGGAGGCUGAGGAGGAAGAGGAAGAGGAGGAAGUGGACCAGGAGGCAAAGGAUGAGAAGACGACGAAAAAGGCGGGAAAGAAGGAUGGAUACCCAGCAGCUGACGCCAACGACGGCGAGGAGGGUGAGACCCAGACCGACUCCCAGACACAGCUUUUGCAGAUGCUCCGGAAGCGGGGCCCCUGCGAGGAGUCCCGGCGACACACGGCACGAGAGCAUCCCUUCUGGGACACCCAGCCGGUUCCCUCCAUGAGCUCCGAGUAUGAUCAAGAUGCCGGACCACUGGACGAGCUGAAGACUGUCGACGACGUACGCCCGGAGCCCUAUCCAUUGCCUGGGCAAUUUGAAUGGUGUACCUGCAAUGUGGAUGAUGAUGCCGAGAUGCAGGAAGUCUACACCCUCCUGACAGAGAAUUACGUCGAAGAUGACGACAGCAUGUUCCGCUUCGACUACUCCAUUCACUUCCUGCGCUGGGCGCUGAAGCCUCCAGAAUUUUUGAGGAACUGGCACCUCGGCGUGCGUGUCAAGGGCGGUGGCAAGCUUGUUGGCUUCAUCACCGGCAUUCCCGCGAAGAUGCGGGCCGCUACGAUUGACGACCUCACCGAGGAAGCAGGUAAAGACGAGGACCAGGACGAUAGCAUGACGGAGCCGGGGACGCCAGAGCUUGGUGGGGGUGACGAGUCCCCACUUGGAGGAGGGAUUGGAAAAGAACUCCACGGUAAAUCUGAUACCUCGAAGGAUCUUGUGGACAAGAUGCACACGGAAAUGAUUGGUGUGCGCUCGGACAUGUCGCAGCACCAUAUUCGUUUGGAGCAUAUUGAGGGAGUCAAAGCCCUGAAAGCCCUUGAAAGCGAACGAAGUGGCAUCAGGGACCCUGAUGAGGACCUCCAGCUGGUUUUGGGUGGCUGGACCGAAGGACGCAAGGGUGAUGUCGAAGGCGAAGUUCGUGAAAUCUUCAGAACCUGUGGUUUGGAAGGGAGAAUUUCAGAAAUCAUCAUUCCCUACAUCCGCACGAACUUUGCAAAAGCCCCUGAGAUCGACUGGAGGGGUCGUCUUUAUGUUGGGGCCACUCAGGCCAUUGCUGAGGCCCAUCUGUUGCCGAACGAUGCCCAUCCCUCGGAUGUCUACAUGACGGACAACAGAGGCGACCACUCUGGGUGGGUUGUUUUGGCCUCGAGGUUCCAUACGAUCACUGGGUACCCCCCUGAGGAUCUGCCUACUUGGUGGGACAAGGGAAAACAUUUGGAGGACCUCCAGAAUACCGCGGACCUGCUCCAGCUUGGGAGCAUGGACAUAAUUGGCCUUCAGGAACUUGGAGGCUGCAAGGACGUCGCUGUUGGGAAAUGGGACAAGAAGGACUUGGGAUUGGCUCACACAACGCCUCGACAGCACACCUGGUCCAAUACGAGGGGUAGCCAUUCUUCCAUUGAUUAUGUUCUGUACCGCACUCCUCACCAGGACACGCUUGAACAGGAGGUUGUCGAAGAUAGUGACCACCUUAUCCAGUCUGAUCACAAGCUCUGUCGUGUCUGUGUCUCGGUUGUCAGAUCGGGGGAAAGGCGUCGAGCUCGUCAACAGAGGACCAAAUGCGGGAAGUGGAUUGUUGACUACACUAAGGCUGUCCCCCAAUGCAAUGAUCUUGCAUGCCGCGCUGACCUUGACAGGAGAGACUUGACUGAGGAGGAUUUCCUGAAAGUAUGUGCCAAAAGCACGUAUCGGCCUAGGAGCUUCCGCUUCAAGGACCCGCCGGAAAUCAAGGACCUAAUCUCCCAGCGCAAACAAUCUUCGGAUCCGAUUGAGAAACGACAACUGGGUAGAGAGAUUGUUCGUGCAAGGGGUGAGGCGAAGAAGAACUGGCGCAUUCAGCUCUUGGAUAGAGCUGCCUCUGGGGACUAUCAGGUCAUCAGCUAUUUCCGACGCAAGCAGAAUGUAUCCCAUUGCCAGCACGACUACUGUUGUCGUGUUGGGGGGGCAGGGCCCGCUGUCGGUGGUCUCAAGGCGUUCUAUCAAACCAAGUAUGCACCCCCUGACAUUUGUCCCCUGCACGACCCACUCCAUAUCUAUGACAACAUGGUUGGACCCAGGCUGCCAGGACCGGCUCUCCUGUCUAAGGAGGAGCUUGAAACAGUCUUGCUCCAGACUAAGAGCGGGAAGAGCGCCGGGGAAGAUGGGGCACCAUAUGAGUUUUGGUGCGCCGUGCUCCAGAGUGAGGCCUCUGAGCAUCUUCUCGAGUUCUUAAAUGAUGUUUUGCUCUGCAAUAGAGGUUUCCCUGCACAAUGGCUUCAAUCACAGAUUGUGUUGCUUCCGAAGAUUAAAGAGCCUCGGGCUCCUAAAGAUUUUCGCCCAAUCGUGCUGGCAGCCACGCUUUCGAAGCUGCUGACCAAAGCAUUGCUUCUCCGCCUCAGAGAGCAUUUUCCUGUCAUGUUGACAGGGCAGCUGUCUUCGCAGCCUGGUGCCCAGUCUCUAGAUGGUUCAGUCGCACUGAAGCAUGCGAUCCACCUAUCUAGACAAUGGGGCUUGCCCCUAAUGGCAUGCAAACUGGAUGUACAAGCCGCGUUUGAUACGCUUGACCACUGUGCCUUGGCGAAGUUCCUUGGCUCCCUUGGCCCGCAUCAAGAGAGCAGGCUCCUCCUGAGCCUUAUUGUUCAAACCAGUGUCAAAUUGAGUUUCUGUAACCAAUCAUGGGUUCAGAAAUUGCGGCGAGGGAUCCUUCAGGGGUCUGCUUUUUCGGCAGAACUGUUUGCACGUUGUUUAGAUCACUUUCUGGGGCCUCUGGUAUUGAGCUGGGAAUCUCAGGAGUCCACCUGGCUGAGGGACAGCUCAGGGAGACCUUUGUUUCUCAUUCUCUACGCAGAUGACCUACUCGUGUUAGCCACGUGUGCGAGUCAACUCGAGAGACUUCUCGAUGAGAUACAGGCCACUCUUGAUGCGAUCGGACUUUCCUUGGCUCGUAAUAAAUGCCAGUAUAUCCAAUCUCCUGAUCUCUGCGGCAGCGAACCGGUCUGUCCCAGGGGCUUUGAGAAACCCCUCGAGCUUGUCGACUCUUUCACGUUCCUAGGCAUUUUGGUUGGGUUCUCGAUUACGUGCCAGAUGACCCUCUCGGCAAGACUACGAAUGGCAACGAACUCGUUUUUCGGUUACUUGUCCUUUCUAUCCAGGUCGAGAGGCUCCUUGGUCAAACGACUUCAUCUGCUCGAUUCCUUUGUGACGAGCCGUUGGAGAUGGCUUUCAGCCGCUGUUCGGCCUUUGCACGCCGUAGCCCAACAGCUGAGGACUCUACAAACUCAUUUUCUCAUGUCAAUGACGCGUUUGCCCCCCGACCCUUUGCAAACUUCGUGCGAGAAUUGGGCCUCGCGCCGACGUGCUUCGCGUAUGGCAGCGCAGUCCUGUGGAAAUCGUCCAUGGGACGCCAUUCAUUUGGAGUCCUUCAUGAAUUACUGGGGCCACGCGGCGAGGUUAGAUCCUGCCCUCAGAAGACCUAUCAGUCAUCUAAUGCAGGUGAGAAAUGCUUCAUGGUUGGCAACUCACCCUCAUGCCAAACGCAAAAAGGGCAAGUGGCCUAACGCUGUCCUCUCACUUGAGUGGCUGUGGUAUCGAUCCCGACUUACUGGUGAUCCCAACUCCUGGGAACAAGCAGCACAAUACAGAGACCGCUGGAAAGCUUUCGCUGACGAGGUCUUUCGUAUUAAGGGAUUGCUUCGGGAUCAAUUCUAUCCGGACCUGCGUUCGGUCGACUUGUGCAGGCGCUGCUUGUUGCGCACAGGUGACCGCUUUUGGCUACUUCCCCAAACUCAUGCGCCUAUCGAUAGACCCUACCCUUCGUCUUUUGAACAUGUCCUGGAUGCCGAGGACCAAGAUGAUAUAGGCCACUUCUGUAUUGCCUGCGAUGGCAGCCGUAAAGGUGUUCUCAUGGGAGCAGGUGUGGCCUUGUUACCACCAUACGGCGAAGUGCCCUCAGAUGUUGUCAUUGCGGGUUAUCCGAUUUCUGGAGGACCCUCUACUAACAUCAAAGCCGAACUCAUUGCAGCAACCAAGGCGCUCGAAAUGGCCCUUAGGAUUCUUGAGAGGUUUCCUGGCAUUCCCGUCCUUCUCCAGACGGACUCGGCUUACGUCCUCCAGGUUCUUGAGGGUGGAACAGUUGGGUUCGCACAUGUUUCUCUUCAGGCGGGACUUUGCAUGCUUUGGCACAGAUGUAGGAGCAGAGUGCGCGCCAUGCAUGUGAGAGCUCACAAAGGACACGCUUUAAAUGAGCUUGCUGACAGAACAGCAAAACAAGCACUUGAGUUCCCAGCUGGUCACUACUUUGUUCGCACCUUGGAUGCAUCGAGGGCAUUCGUGCCACCCCAGAACUCCGCACUGCCUGCUUUUUGUGACUGGUGGUGA